GGACGCGCACCCAGCUGCCUCUGUGAUCUCUGCGCUCGUUCACGAGCAUGUAAACACCUGACCACUGCAGGGGACCGAGCCCGCGGAUUGUUCUCAUAGAAAACCAAACUCCUCUACAAAGCUCCCUGUUGGUCACACAGCUGGGUUGAUUCCGAGCAGGAUGGCGGAUGAGGAGAAGUUGGGAGCAGAGGGGCAGACGGUGGACAGCGGCCCGCUGCCGGACUCCAGGCGGCGGACCCGGCUGUACUGCAUGAAUGGCGGACACCACCUCCAGAUCCUCCCUGAUGGGACGGUUCAGGGCCACAGGGAUGACGGGGACGUUCACAUUGUUUUAAAGCUCAAAGCUGUGGACAGAGGUGUAGUGGUCAUCCAAGGAACAGAAGCCGGGCGAUACUUGGCCAUGAGCGACGAGGGCCGAUUGUACAGUUCACCCACAGUGACUGCUGAAUGUUACUUCCUGGAGAAGUUGGAGGAGAACCACUACAACACAUAUGUACCUCAGAAAUAUCAGGAGAGGAAUUGGUACGUAGCUCUGAAAAAGAACGGAAAACCUAAACUGGGUCCUAGAACUCACAUCGGACAGAAGGCCGUCUUCUUUCUGCCCCGACAGCUGAGUGACUCCGGGGAGUAAAGACGCUCUCAGCACACAGCGAUACCUCAGCCUAAAUGGAACGAAUGUUGUGAAGGGUUGGGCUUGCAAAAAUGAAUCUGUCAAGAACAAAAGGGGGCGAAGCUGCAAUAAUUGAACGGAUAAUUAUAAGGGAAAGGACCAGCUUGCAUCUGAGCUAAAAUACUGUGCAUGUCAUCAUCUUUUUCCCCACUAACGCGUCCCAUUUUAGCUGGUGGCAGGUCUUCUUAUUGCAAAACAUGAAGAGCAAACAAGAAAGCAAGUAUUCCAUUAUAUAUAUUCUAUUAUAAUAAAAAAGUAGUAUAUGAUGUAGCACAUUUAGUUACCUGAUUAUCAUAUACAAUUGUCUCCAGAUGUCAAUGAAAUUUGGUGGAAGGUUAGACCAGAGGCAGGAACAAGUAACUGCUUAAUUUAAAAAAAAAAGUCCAAGCUGAAAAACUGCAAUGUCUUAUUUCCAGCAGUUACACUUUGCUGCCACCAAUGUGGAAAAUUACGAAAUGACCAAGUGCGCCAUUGAACAGACCAAAGCUGCCACUCUGAGCCACAUGAAUAACUUUGCUUCAUUAUACUAACCUGUAAAUAAUAUAACCAAGACUGUAAUACAAUCCAGACAAAGAAAUGAUGCAUUAAAAGUGACAUUUAUUUAACACUAAACAUUUUCUGUACAGUUUCAUAACAACAAAACCCCAAGGUUGCAGCUUUACAUCACAUAGAAGUAAGCAUAAUGAGUCCGUAUCAAAGCCAUGGCAGAAGUAUGAAGUUAACCGAUUAAGCUAACAGUUCAGUUUUUUGGACCAGACUAAAUCCAGAUUAACUCCUCGCAUUGAAAACAGCACUUAGAUGAUGAAAAGCUAUUAUCCUGACAUGUCAUUUCCCUUAGAAUAUAAAAACAAAAACCACUGUGUCAGUCAUUCCUUGUUUUAUAUGUCUGGGACUUAAAAUAAUGAUAGGAACAUCCUCUGGGUUUUAUUGGUUAUGUUUCUAAAAGUGCACCUGCAUACAACAUUCUUUGAUAUAGUUUUGAUAGCCACAAGAUAGCUUACACCUUAUUAAUCAUUUACACACA